UUAAAAAACUCACCAAAACUGUAACCGCCAGUUUCCCCUCUCUCUCUCUCUCUCUCUCAAGUCUCAACCGAUUCUGCUGGCCGAUUCGACUCAGCCAAGCAAGCAUGUUCUUCCUCCGAGUCCACUCGGUGGACAGCGAGCACCCUCUCGCAUUGGAAAUCACCGAAUUCAGGUCGACCACUAGUCCAUCAAACCCUAACCCUGGCUCAAAAUUCAGCGAACGCAGAGGCGUAGCGCACCUCUUCCGAAGUGCGUCUCACUCGUCGCUUCCGAACCCUAGCUCCCGAUCCACGGUCCUCUUCAUUGUUGCCGUACCCAACUACCUCUCCUUCGACGGUUUCAUCCGCUUCUGCGGCUCCCGCAUCGACAACGUCUCCGAGCUCCUCUUCAUCAGAAACGAUGGGAUGGAGGAUCGGUACAGUGUCUUGAUAAGGCUUGCCAACCAGUUAACAGCUGACGGAUUUUAUUGCAAUUUUAAUGGGAAGAAGUUCUCACCAGGCGAGGCUGAGGUAUGCCAUAUUCUGUUUAUUAUGUCUGUGGAGUACACGGAAUCAGCGGAGAUAGCCGGGACACCUCCCGCCGGGUGUACGGAGUUACCUACUUGCCCAGUGUGUCUUGAGAGAUUGGACCCAGACACUAGUGGAAUACUGAGUACAAUUUGUGACCAUUCGUUUCAGUGUCCCUGCAUUUCAAAAUGGACUUAUUUGUCUUGCCAGGUCUGCCGAUUCUGUCAGCAGCAAGAUGAGAAACCAACUUGCUCUGUUUGUGGAACAUUGGAGAAUCUUUGGGUGUGUAUGAUAUGUGGUUUUGUGGGAUGUGGAAGAUAUAAGGAAGGCCAUGCCAUUAGGCAUUGGAAGGAUACGCAGCAUUGCUACUCUCUUGAUAUGCGAACACAACAAAUUUGGGAUUAUGUUGGUGAUGUUUAUGUUCACCGACUGAAUCAGUCCAAAAUUGAUGGCAAGUUGGCGGAGAUGAACUCUCAUUGUAUGUCAUUUGAAGGAGAUUGUGGAACUUGUGGAUUUAGCGAGGAUUCUGGAAUAAGUGGGGCCCUCUUUAGCAGCAAAGUUGAUGCUAUUGUGGAUGAGUACAAUGGUCUUCUUGCAACUCAACUGGAUAAUCAAAGACAAUAUUAUGAAUCUCUACUUGUGGAGACCAAAAGUAAAGUGGGAAGCUCUAUGUCAGAAGCAGUGGAGAAGGCUGUGACUUCCAAGAUGCAGGACAUCCAAAAUAAAUUGGAAAAGUGCAUCGAAGAAAAAAAUACUGUUGCAGAUAUCAAUCGAAAUCUCAUCAAGAACCAAGAAAUUUGGCGAAAGAAGGUCAAGGAAAUUGAAGAGAGGGAAGCUGCAGCACUCAGCUUGAGGGAUGAGAAGAUUCUUGAUCUGGAAGAACAGAUAAGAGAUCUUACUGUCUACAUUGAAGCCCAGAAAACACUUGGUAAUAUGACAGAUUCAGAUAGCAUCAGAGAGGGUACCCUAUUACCAUUACCUGAUAAGCAGUCAUCCCCGACCAACAGUAAAAGGCACACAAAGUCAGGUCGAAGACGGAAUUAGAUGGUAUCAUCUCAUUUAGUCAAUAGCAUCAGCACAAUGUCUAAAGUUGGAUGAUGUUUUGUGUAAUGUAUAGUGGUAGCAUCAGCAUAUUGUCUAGGGUCGGAUAGUGUUUAUUGUUCAUUGAUGUUGUAUUAUGAUAUUAAUUACAUUUGGAACCUGAA